GACUAAGAAAGAGGCAAUCUGAAAAUCUUAACGGAAUCAUCAUAAAGAUUGAGCUAAGGGUCUUUUUCAUCGGCCUUAUCUGUGUAAUAAACACGCUACCCUCUAAAUUUGUCAAUCCACAUCAUCCUUGGAAACUACUACCUCUUUUUUCUUUUUCUUCAAAUUCUUCUCUUUGUAGUUGGUUAUUUUUCUUCCUCAGCUUUCUUUUUCUGAGUAGUUUGGAUCUGUAUUAAACACAAGAGUUAAGAGUUAUAGCUGGUGGUUGGUUCUCUCUCAAAGAAACCAACUAUACAAAAAUUUACUCAUACAAAUUCAAUACUCAAAACCUUUCUUUACAAAAUUUACUCUGAAAACUUAUCCAAAACAACAUGAAAGCCAAAGAAGACACUAAAGAACGCUCUAUGCAUCGCCACCGCCUACAUAGAAACCCGACGAUGUUUUGUCUUCUUAUCAUGCUAUCCUACGCCUUGGGUUACAUAUCCUCCCGAACUUUAAACUCUUCGAAACAUACACCACCACCGCCACCAAACUCUCCCAAUCCCGCAAUCUUCCAACACACCAACUUGCCCACCACCCAACUCGACAACUUCCGUGUCACCACUCGCUGUGCUAACUCAAUUCCCCAGCAAAACACCCGUCAACUCAUUAUUGAUCGACUCUUCAACGGCACCUCUCCUUAUUCCAAUUUCCCCCCGCCACAUGUGACCCAACUUCUUCGCAGAAGACGCAUCAAAGGAUGGGGAUCAGACGGCGCUGUAUUUUCGCGCCUCAUUAAUAAAGUCAAGCCACAUGUCAUUAUCGAAGUUGGCACCUUUCUUGGUGCCUCGGCUCUUCACAUGUCCAACUUGACCCGCCAACUCGGGCUCGAUACGCAGAUUCUCUGCGUGGAUGAUUUUCGUGGGUGGCCUGGAUUUCGCAAUAGGUUCAAGGACAUUCAGAUGAUAAACGGUGACGUUUUACUCUAUUACCAGUUUAUGCAAAAUGUCAUGUACUCAAAUGCAUCCGAAUCCAUUUUGCCCGUACCGUAUUCUAGCGGGUCGGCUCUAUCAACCUUGUGUGAGUGGGGAGUGGUAGGUGAUCUCAUAGAAAUUGAUGCGGGUCAUGAUUUUAACUCAGCUUGGGCGGAUAUAAACCGGGCGUGGCGGAUCUUGAGACCCGGUGGGGUUAUUUUCGGACAUGAUUACUUUACCGCCGCAGAUAAUAGAGGGGUACGAAGAGCUGUAAAUUUGUUUGCAAAAAUAAACGGUCUUCAAGUGCAAACUGAUGGGCAACACUGGGUGAUUGAUUCUGCUGGUAAUGGGUAGAUUAUUUUGUACAUGUUUUCUGAUACUACAGUCAGUCAAAUUAUGGUUAAUUUUUUCUCCUUUAAUAAGAAAAAUGUUUGUCCUA